CAGCGCCCGGGCUCCCGCCUGCCGCGGGGACACGCGUGGCGAACCCACACGGCGCGGAGACGGUAGCUGUGCAAAACGCGGGGGGGGGGGGGGUCAGGCCACGCGUGACCUCGGCAAGGGCCGGCUGCGCCCCGGCAAGGAGCCGCGGGGGUGGCGGAGCUGCGGAGCGCCGGCCGCGGUCGUAUCGCCCUCCCGGGGCCCCUCGUGUUCCCCCCCCGGGGCCGGGGAAGGCGUGUGCGCCCGUGUGUCGCACAGCGGGUGUGCGGGAAGCCUGGGCUCGGCCAAACCCGUGCUCAGGGCUCUGGAGUCUGAAGUAGCCGUGAAGCAAUGAGACCGGCGCACCGCCAUCCGCUGCGAAGCAAACCUCGGUCAGAUUGUGCCAAUCCCUAAGUACCAUCUGGGCAAAAUUUCCGGGCGCGAUGUGGCAGAUGAAGCACGGGAAGGUGACGGAGCGAUGCAGAACUGGGGACAGAACUGGGAUUUCAGAGCCCGAAGCCCGUGCCACAUUCAGUGUGCUUGAUAGCAAAGAUUAACUAACGCUAGGCAACGAAUGGCAAGGCUGUUUCACCCCGAGCCAGAGGAUGACAUCUUCAAUAGGCAGUUGUGCUGGGAAGUGGUACAAAACUGAAAACACAUUGAAUUGACUUCGCAGACAGCGUUGGGUCUCGGAUCUCCUUCCUUCACGUGCGUUUCACGAAUCCUCUGCUGUAGUCUGCAGCCCUUGCCCUCACGGGCCUGGUUCAAGGGGCAGCCUCGUUGCUGGCCGUAAAGUGACCAAGACAAGUCCAUGUCCCUGCGCCGAGCCGUGUCCUGGAGAGGGAGCCCCACUCCAGGCUCUGCCCGCUCCCUGCCUGCCGGCCGGCUCCCCUUCCCCUGCCCACUCAGGCCUGGGAGCGACGGGGCCCUGGGACUGCGCAGCCGGCGCUGCGCCUGCCAAAGCUGGACCCAAACAGGGGACCGGCUAAGCCUGAGGAAAGCUUUUGGGUAGCAGGAGUAAGUUAGCACUGGAAGACAACUGAGAGCAGUCUUACGGUUUCCUGCUGUAGGAAAAGUCCCAACUUUUACAGUCCUGACAAGAAAACAGAGGCCUGAAUGUAUCCCUCCAUCAUUACAAAACAUCUUUGUGUAGUUGCCUUUCUUCUCUAGGAACAAGGAAAGGUGUCCUCUUCCCUGGUGAUCUGUCAAGCUUGGCAGUUACUUUACUCCAAAGUGGAAACAUUAGCCCCUCUUACCGGCUCUUUUCUCUGACCUAAACGAUUUAUGCAACUGCUGUGACUUGGGAAGGGUCAAGGUGUAAAAACCAGCUGCCUCUGUUUCUUCCAGGAGCUGCCAGCUUUUGGGCAUGGCUCCUUGGGGACUUCGGUCUUUCAGUGGCACAAUAUGUGCAUGGCACAGGCACUGAAACUCCCCAGACCUUCUCACCCUACUUCUCUGGCAGAAAUCAGUUGUUGUGAAGGUCAGGUCUGCCCAGGGCCGCCCCGGGUGGGGAGCAGUGCCUCGCUGCUGCUUUGGUUCCUCCUCGCCCUUGGUGAGAGAGUUUGCCAGCAGGUUCUUGAGGCGGGAGAGUUUUAGUGCAGCAUCCCUGCUCCGUUCUCUCCAUCCCCAUCCUACUGGGACGGCUGCUGUGCGCCCAUCCUUCAGGGGAGGAAUGCAGGAGACAGCUCCUCGGUCCUCACCGUUGCUGCCGAGAUUGGCAAUAACAACCGGUGAUGCUUGGGGCAGUUUCUUGGGACAGGAGACUCAGCGGUGAACCCUCUCAGAAUUGGGCUUGGGCACUUCUCAGUUUUCUGCUUUCACAGGGGCCAGCGGGCUGUCACCCAGCUUCAGCAAAAUCCUUAUCAGCGCCUCUCUGCGCUGUUUCCCCACGCAGUGGGGAGUUGGGUGGGAAAAGGCAGAUAGCAAUUUAAUCUCGUUCCCCAACUGCCUCUUUGCCCAGGGUGUUCCCCCGCCGCCCCGGGAACUGGCCGUUUAACAGCGCUCCAGCGGCCGAGUGCGGGUCGGAUGUGCCCCGUCCGCUUCGCCUGCACCGCAGAAUUUCCUCGGGAAGCUCAGUUUUGUUACCUGUUCGAGUGCGCAGGAAAGAUUAAAUCUCUGUGGGGUAUUUUUAGAGCUGCCAGGAAGGGGGGUUUGGGUGGCGUGUACAGCGUCGGCCUUGGGUAGUGCAAAAGAGCUGUCUUUCGAGAAGCAAACCCGAAUUGUUUCUGCUACUGUUCUGCUGGGUUUCCCCCCUCCUCUCGCUGGGGUUGGACUCAGCUGGUGGGAGGGAUUUCUGCCUGUCAGCAAGAAAAGAAACAAGGGAGCAUGUGAGGGAAAGGAGCUAGACCUGGGAAAGGCAGGAGGAAAGUUUUAGUACUCCCUCGAAAUGCAGGGAAGCUGCUCUUAGCGUGCGUGCGCAGGAGUUACUCGAUCCCGACUCCGGAGGAAGGUGGGGAGCUGGAGCAGGACUGCGCGGAUGGGGUAAGCCGGCGCUCUGCGGGCUUUGGAAAAGCCCUCCGGGAGGUGGACUGCUCGGUGCGCGGGAGAGCACCCCUCCUUUUGCCUUUCCCUUGCCGAGCGCUGGUUUUUAUAUUGCCCUGCGAAGUGGGUUGCGACUCCAAAUCGCCUAAACCCACAUGGGGCUUCGCUGCUGGACAGAACCCAGGUCUUGUGAGCUCCCGGGCCGCUGGGCUUUGUCAAGAAGCAAAUGCCAGAAGGAAAAGUCACUUCAGUACGUUGCGCUGCAAGCAGAUGAGCGUAAGAAGCCAGGUUUGGCUUGGGGAAGACCCAGCGGCGAUCUGCACUAUAAUAAUUUCCCACGGACUGAGGGAACCCGCUGAACUGCACCCCCACGGGAGGAAGCACCCAGGAGCGAUAACUCUGCUCUCCCUGUGCCAGAAUUCCCAUCUGCUCCCGUAGCAGUGUCCUUUGCAAGAAAGAGAGACACCGGCAAGUCGGGAAGAGGCGGUAGCCAGGAGUGUUCUCCUUGAGGGACAGCACCCGCAAGCCGUGCGGGAGAAGGCUGGGAGGUUUUCUAGGCGCCUGCUGGAAGCACCUCGCCGGGGGAGAGGAGCUGUUGCAAUGGAGGUUCGUGCGGUGGCACUGUCAGUCAUCCUUGCCCUGUGGAUAUCUUCUCUUGCCUCUGGGAGCAAACUUCAGCCCCAUAUGCCAAACGUCUGCGCGGAGCAGGAGCUGGCGAUCGUGGGGCACCGGCAGCCGUGCGUCCAGGCCUUUACCCGCACCGUCCAAGUGUGGAAGCAGGACUGUGGAGGACGGCGGUGGUGCACGGGCUACGAGCGGAGAACCGCGUAUUACACGGGCUACAGACCGGUGUACAAGGUGAAGUACCAGACCGUGUACAGGUGCUGCCCAGGAUGGUCCCAGCUCGGAGGGGAUGCCGGCUGCCUCUACCCCGUCUGCAGUUACGGGGUUUGUUUCAACGGUGGGAAUUGCGUAGAGGGAUCUUCGCAGCUCUGCCACUGCCCCUCUGGGUUCCAAGGACCUCGCUGUCAGCACGACGUGAACGAGUGCGAGGUGGGGAACGGUGGCUGCAAGUCCCGGUGCUGCAACACCAUCGGCAGCUUCUACUGCAAGUGCCCGGCGGGGCUGAGGCUGGAGCAGGACGGGAAGGCGUGCGCAGAUGUCGACGAGUGCCAGGUCCUCAACGGGGGCUGCCAGCACAGAUGUGUGAACACCCUUGGAUCUUAUUAUUGUGAAUGCAAGCCAGGCUUUCGCCUGCACACAGAUGGCAGGACCUGCAUUGCUGUGAACACGUGUGCCCUGAACAACGGCGGCUGUGAACACGACUGCGUGCAGGUGACGCUGACGCAGCACCAGUGCCAGUGCCGGCGCAAUUACCAGCUGCGGGAGGACGGCAAACGCUGCGUCUUGAGGAACCCCUGCACCGACAGGAACGGGGGCUGCAUGCACCGGUGCCACAACCACCGUGGGACAGCCCGCUGCGAGUGCCACCCCGGCUACCGGCUGGCGCCUGACAGUAAGACCUGCGAAGAUGUGGAUGAAUGUCUGACUGGGCAAGCCAUGUGUGCGCACCAGUGCCUGAACACCCGCGGCUCCUUUAAGUGUACCUGUAACCCGGGCUACGAGCUGGGGGCAGAUGGCAAGCAAUGCUAUCGGAUAGAGAUGGAGAUCGUGAACAGCUGUGAAGCCAACAAUGGAGGCUGCUCCCAUACGUGCCACCACACCAGCUCUGGCCCAGCCUGUGCCUGUAACUUUGGCUAUCGGCUUGAAGAGGACCAGAAGACGUGCACUGAUAUCAAUGAAUGUGACGAUGGUUCUCACUGUUGUCAGCAAGACUGUUACAAUUAUCCUGGAGGCUACGAGUGUGCCUGCUACGCGGGAUACAGGCUCAGCACAGACGGCUGCGGGUGUGAUGAUGUGGAUGAGUGCUCUUCGGAUAACAGCGGAUGUGAACACACGUGCCAGAACCAGCUAGGGUCUUUCCAGUGUGGCUGCGAGAUUGGAUACAAACUGGAUGACGACCGAAGGAGCUGCAUCUCUAUAGAGGACCCUGUGGAAGCUCUGGAUGGUCGGCACCCCGUUAUCCGCCCAAUCCCUCAUGUCGCAAUCCUGCGAGAUGAAUUUACCCAGCUCUUUAAUGACGAUUAUGAAGAAGAGGAGGAAGAGAUGGAAGCAAGAGGAGAGCACACGCUUUCAGAAAAAUUUGUCUGCCUGGAGCACACGUUCGGCCCCGACUGCAGCCUGACCUGUGAGGACUGCCAAAACGGAGCCAUGUGCAACGCCGAGGAGUCCGGCUGCGACUGCCCGGCAGGCUGGACCGGUGUCCUCUGUAACCAGACCUGCCCGGCCGGCACCUUCGGGAGGAACUGCAGCCUGGCCUGCCGCUGCCAGAACGGCGGCACCUGCGACCCCGCCACGGGCGCCUGCCACUGCCCGCCCGGGGUGGCCGGCGAGCUCUGCCAAGAUGGAUGCCCUAAAGGAUUUUUUGGGAAACAAUGCAGGAAGAAGUGCAACUGUGCCAACCGGGGUCGUUGCCAUCGGAUUUACGGAGCCUGUCUGUGUGAUCCUGGCUUAUAUGGCCGGUACUGCCAUUUAGUGUGCCCAAAGUGGGCGUUCGGCCCCGGGUGCUCCGAGGAGUGCCGCUGUGUGCAGCAGAACACGCAGGACUGCGACAAGAGGGAUGGCUCCUGCCGAUGCAAACCCGGCUACCGCGGCAAGCGCUGCGAGACGAACUGUGACCCUGGCUCUUACGGGGAUGGCUGCAGGAAGAAAUGUAACUGCCCUCCAGAAGUGUCUUGUGACCAUGUCACCGGCGAGUGCUGGAAGGAGUGUCCCCAAGGCUUCCACGGGGACAACUGCGACCGAGAGUGUCCGGAGGGGAAGUUCGGGGCGGGCUGCCGGCAGUCCUGCUCCUGCGGCGGAGCACCCUGCGACCGGACCACAGGGCAGUGCCUCUGCCUGCCGGGCUGGACUGGACACGACUGCGGCCAAGCUUGCCCUGACGGUCGCUGGGGACUGGGCUGCCAGGAGAUAUGUCCUGAGUGUGCGAACAACGCCAGCUGCGAUCCCGCCACGGGAACCUGCCUCUGUCCCCCCGGCUACACCGGCCGGCGCUGCCAGGACGCGUGUCCGCCCGGCUGGUUCGGCCCAGACUGCCAGCUGAGCUGCAGCUGUGGGAACGAUGGACAUUGCCAUCCUGUGACGGGGACGUGCAGCUGCGCACCUGGCUGGACGGGCUAUAACUGCCAGAGAGCCUGCGAUGCAGGUCGCUGGGGCCCCGACUGUGUUCACACCUGCAACUGCAGCAACAGCGAUGGGAGCUGCAGCGCGGAGACAGGGCAGUGCGUCUGCGAAGCUGGCUACACGGGCGGCCGCUGCGAGAAGAAGUGCCCGGAAGGGUGGUUCGGGCUGAGCUGUCGGCACCAAUGUCAGUGUGAGAACGGGGCUGCCUGUGACCACGUCAGCGGAGCCUGUACCUGCAGCCCGGGCUGGCGAGGAACCUUCUGUGAGCACGCCUGUCCUGAUGGAUUUUACGGACUGGAGUGCCGGGAAGCCUGCGACUGCCUGAACGGUGCCCACUGCGACCAUGCAACGGGCCAGUGCCACUGCCCCCCCGGCUGGGACGGUCCCCGCUGCGGCCAGGCGUGCCAGGAGAACAGGUACGGCGAGAACUGCAGCCAGACGUGCAACUGUUUCAACAACGCUACCUGCAACCACGUCAGUGGCCGAUGUGUCUGUGCCGCCGGGUGGACGGGACCCACGUGCCAGCAAGCGUGCCCGGUGGGUUUCUACGGGAGGAACUGCCACCAGCGCUGCCUCUGCCAGAACGGUGGCACGUGUGACCCCGGCACAGGGCUCUGCGCUUGCCCCGAGGGGUGGACGGGGCUGGCCUGCGAGCUGGAGUGCGCGCAGGGACAGCACGGGGCGGGCUGCCGGCAGCGCUGCGAGUGCCGUCACGGGGGGCUCUGCGACCGCCAGAAGGGCCACUGCGUCUGCCAGCCCGGGUGGAUGGGCGAGAAGUGCGAGAGCCCUUGUCCAGAGGGGCUGUUCGGAGCACGCUGUGAAGAGCCCUGCGACUGUGGGGACAACGCGUCGUGCCACCACGUUACUGGCGCUUGCGAUUGCCCCCGUGGCUGGCGGGGCUGGCGCUGUGAGAAGGCCUGCCUGCCGGGUUCGUUCGGGAAGAACUGCGCCGGCCGCUGCGCCUGUCCCCUGGGAGUGCCUUGCGAUCACGUCACCGGCCGGUGCGGCUGCCCGCCGGGCUUUGCAGGCUCUGGAUGUGAAAAACCCUGCCUGCCAGGGACCUUCGGCGAGGGCUGCGGUCAGAUCUGCCAGUGUGCCGGAGCCACCCAGGAGUGCCACCCGGUCACCGGGGUGUGCGUCUGCGCCCCCGGCUUCCAUGGCCCCACCUGCCAGCUGGAGUGCUCUCCUGGGUGGUACGGCCGUAACUGCGAAAGGCCGUGCAGGUGCAAGAACGGGGGCACGUGUGACAUUGCCACAGGGAUGUGCCACUGCCCGGCUGGCUACAUCGGCGCUGACUGCAGUAUCGGAUGUCCCGCUGGUCACUACGGCAAGGACUGCGCACGGGUGUGCUCCUGCGGGGACGGCGCUACCUGUCACCACGUCACCGGAGACUGCGUUUGCCCACCAGGAAGAGCUGGUCCCACCUGUGAGCAAGGCUGCGAGAAGCACCGCUACGGGGUGGGCUGCCAGCAGACCUGCUCCUGCCGCAACGGGGGGCUGUGUGAUGCAGCCAACGGCUCCUGUUCGUGUGCACUUGGGUGGAUGGGGAAAUCCUGCGAAUUAGAAUGCCCGCCGGGAAGGUACGGAGCCAACUGCCAGCUCCGCUGCGCCUGCCUGCACAACGCCGCCUGCGACCCGGGAACGGGAGCCUGCCGCUGCUCCGCGGGCUACUACGGGCCCCUGUGCGAACACAGUUGUCCCCCGGGCUUCCAUGGAGCUGGCUGCCGGGAGCGCUGCGACUGUGAGCACGGAGCGGGCUGUGACCCGGCCACCGGUCGCUGUCAGUGUCCCGCUGGGCUCCGCGGCGAGCGCUGUCAGACAGGCUGCGAGGAAGGAACGUACGGCGAGGGAUGCCAGCAGCUCUGCGACUGCGUCGGCAAUGCGCCCUGCGACCCAGCCACGGGGCGCUGCCUGUGUCCCCCGGGGAAAACCGGCCUCAAGUGCGGCGCAGACUGCCGGCCGACCAGGUACGGCCCCGACUGCAGCCUGGCCUGCCAGUGUGCCCCCAGCAACUCCUACUGUGACGCUCAGAACGGCCAGUGCCUCUGUCUGAACGGGUACAUGGGACCGACGUGUCGGGAAGGUGGUGCACCUCGUCUGCCGUGGGCUGAGCACCCCUCCGUGGUCCCAGCUGUGCAGCCCCCGGCGCCCACCCAGUCACCUCCACCCCAGGGGGGGCUCCGGCCGGCCGGGCACUAGGUCCUACUGCUGCCCCGAGCGCUCCCUCGGUGCGAGCCAGCAGCCACCUGAAGAAGCCAACGACCUGGUUAACGAACUCGUUUACAAGCCACAUGAGCGGUUAUCGUUUGCUGACAGACUAAGCUGCUGCUUUUGGAGUUGUCUGAGCGAGGCUGAUGUGCUGAGCGUGACCAGUUCUGGCACGGGCUGGCCUCCGGGCACACCGCGAGGGCACGCACACCCACACCAGUGCACGCCUGCGGCCAGACACCAGAAGGAACAGUUCAGAAGCGAUCGGUGGACUUUGAUGGCUUGUGACAAAUUGCUGGCCUUCAUCUUUUGGGUGCUGGGCUUGGGGAGGGAGCUGAAAUUAUGGUCAAAACCAGGUAUUUAUGGAACAAUAUUUAUGGGAAGCCGUACACCAGUGUUGUCAGAACUGACGGCUGAACGUGGCCAGCUCUCCUGAGAUCAUGCCUCCUGUAGAAGUACCGCCUCACUUGAAUUAAUUUUUUUUAAUCAGAAUUUACAAUGGACUUUUACUGUAAAUUAUCAUGUGCCGUGGGGCCAAGACGUCGGGCUGUAGCGGUCACCACGCCACCUCCGCAGAGCCGGUGCCCGCAGCCUGACCCUCUUCUGUCAGCACGACCAAGCGCCCCGGUUGACAUUCCCAGCGCUGGGCGAUGCCUUCCUUGCUGGCAGCGCAGCCUGCGCUCGAUGAGCUUUACAGGGGGUCAGGAGGUGGAUUUUUCACACCAGGAGUAUGUCAGCCCGCUUGAGCCGCCCACGGUGCUUGCUCCACCAAAAAAGCAAGCCUAAAUUAGGUGUAAUAAUCAGAGAUACUGUAUGGAUAGACACGAAGCUCUCGCAUGGGCCAGUAAGUGCAAAUCCCUGGUUCAGUGGUCUCGCCCCACCCCGGGACCCUGCAUGAUUUUUCCCUCCCCGUUGAACGCGGGAGCUGGGACGGAGGCAGGAGGAACAGCCGGGAGGCUGCACAGCCGCAGUCAGCUCCCGGCUCGGCAGCGAGGGCGCAGUCACGGCAAAGCCUCGGCUGCCACCUGCAGCAACGGGGAACGCCAUCGGCCCAGCAAGGGCCACCGGCCAGGCCCCGACAUCUCUUUGCACAAAGCUCUUGGGUAAACGGAGCCCAGGAACUGACGCCGUCAAAAGAAACCAGGCUCUGCGAAGGAGAUGGGACGGUCCCGUCCCAGCACAUCUGCCUCUGCUGCUGCUGCAGUACAGCCCUGCCCAGGCGCUUGGCCUUUAAAUUAUUCCCACAGGGGCCAACUGAAAAUAAUAAAAGAAUUGUUUCUUUUCCUGAUGGAAUUUAUUUUAAUCUGUAUAUAACUUGUAAUUUUUUGCUAAUUCUUUUCUUAUUUUAUUUCUUCCUUAACAGUAUUUUUUGCAUUAGAUAUCAUUAUUGUGAAGAAAUAAUGUUAAUAUAAGUAUGUAGUGAAGGACCAAAAUUGUGUAAUUAAGGUUGUAUGUUGUACGAUUGAUAACCAGGGAGUAGGAAGAUUUUGUCCAUGUGCCAAACGACCCUGAUCAAUCCUGCUAGUCUCGCUGCCGAUUCUCCAGACAAUCAUAGGUUUUGUUCCAUUUGCCUUGAAGCGACCGUUGCAGUAGACGAGGGUUUCUAUUUAUUUCCUUGGAAAUGCCGCUCGGAAAGCAAACGCCGCCUCCACCAGAAGCGCGCAGCCCUUCCCACGCGCCCUUCCGCCCAGCACGGCGAGCCGGGCUCUGCAGGGCCAGCAAGGUGCCGGCUAAAGACCCGGGAGCCCUCGGGUGCAGCCGGGGGGGCCGGCAAGCGAUGCCACCGCGCCGGCAAGCGAUGCCACCAUGCUGUGUGACCGGUGCGAAGAAAUGCUCUGCCGCAGUGACCCUGUCCCGUUACGGCACGACAGCCUGAGCUGCAGCUCCGUAGCUCCUGGCAGCUGCCUGGAGUAAAUCAUACAUCUGAGCGUGGGACCACAGCAACUCUGUACUUAGAUUUUUUUUUUUAAUGUAAUGAUUUUUUUUUAACCUGUUCAUAUUUCCUAAUACAGUUUGUUUGCUUCCUGUUGUCAUGUAGCUACUGUCUCUCUUUUUGGAUCCCAUCUCUUUCGUUUAGCACUGAUAAAAAAGUUUAUAAUUCUCCCACAU